ACACUUGCACGAGCUGGUAUUUAAUGCCCUCACCAAGAUUCCCAAUCGCUCUCGCAGAAUUAUCCCAUGUCACGUGCUUGCCCGAGAUUUAUCCGUACGUAGGCUAUUUGUGGUGUAUCUGGCAGGUAAUUAUGGAUCUUAUUAGCCAGGAGGAUAUUGUUGGUUGCUCUAAACACUAAAUAAACAAUCAAGGCGAGGUGAUCCUCAUAAACGUCAAGGAUAGCCGUAUAACCAUUUCGAAUGAGGGGGAGGAUCCGGGUAAACGGAAAGAUGCCGGAGAAGCACGAUGUGUAAAAUAGCACCUUUAACAGAUGGCCAAUGGAAUGCUUACAUGCAUGACAUUCCUUGGAAAAUUGCAGAACCACCCACACUUUCACCCUUUAUAUACUACUUCGAGUAUCCACACUUUUCCAAUUAAGCUCCUGUGUUCGCUAUAAAUACCAUACAAUGUCUUUUAUUACCAGAUUCUCCCAGCCAAAGCUUUUGGUCCCACUCGCCUCUGCUUUUACCGUCGGUGCCACUGUCUUUGCGUAUCAACAAAUGUCCACUGCCGCCGUUAGAAACGAAACUUCCAAGGCUUUUGCCAACGCUGAUGAAUGGAUCGACUUGAAGUUGGUCAAGAUUGAAUCCUUGUCCAAGGACUCCAAGCACUUCACCUUUGACCUCCCAUCCAAGGACCAGGUAUCCGGGUUGGUCACCGCUUCCUGUGUGCUCGCCAAGUUUGUCACUCCAAAGGGCAGCAACGUCAUCAGACCAUACACCCCGGUCUCUGAUGUCAACCAAAAGGGCCAACUCGAGUUCGUCAUCAAGCACUACGAAGGUGGUAAGUUCACCACCCACUUGUUUGGCUUGGAGGAAAACGACAUCGUCUCCUUCAAGGGCCCAAUCUUGAAGUGGAAGUGGGAGCCAAACCAGUUCAAGUCCGUUGCCUUGAUUGCUGGUGGUACCGGUAUUACCCCAUUGUACCAGUUGCUUCAUGAGAUCACCAAGAACCCAGAAGACAAGACCGAGGUCAAGUUGUUUUAUGGUUCCAAGACCCCAGAGGACAUCUUGUUGAGGAAGGAGAUUGCCGCCAUUGCUGCCAAGCACCCACAGGUAUCUGUCACAUACUUUGUCGAUAGCAAGGCCGGUUCUUCUGAUGAUACCCUCAACGAGGGCUACAUCACCAAGGAGUUUAUCGCUGCAAACUUUGCCAAGCCAUCCGCCGACAACAAGGUCUUUGUUUGUGGCCCACCGCCAUUCUACAAUGCUGUCUCCGGGGCCAAGAUCUCUCCAUCUGACCAGGGUGAAGUUACCGGUGCUUUGGGUGAAUUGGGCUUCACCAAGGAAAAUGUCUUUAAGUUCUAAGCACUGGGUGUCGAACAUAAGACAUAUAUGAACAUGUAUACAAUAAAGGCUAGCUCUUUAAGAAAUGUAGUAGGGUGUGGGUCGGGAGGGAGCUAUGGGAAUCAUAACAAAGUCUCGGAUAUACAUAUUUUUAGUUAUGUGUAUCUGAGACUUUGCCACUGACCGGGAUUUGAAAACAGAGAGCAAAGAAUAGAGAGCAAAGAAUAGAGAGGUAAUAAUAGAGAGGUAAGAAU